AAAGCUCGUGCCAGUUCCCGCCCUCAGCCAUUUUAAAUUCGUCUGUUCUUCGAACAUCAUCAGCUGUUCUAAGCUGUUCUUUUCCUACUGUUGCCAACAGGUUAAAUUCGUAGAAAUGAGCCGUACUGCAAACCUCUUGGUGGCUGCUUGCCUGAUGCUCCUUCAUUUUGCUGCUGGUCAGCAUUCCUCAUCACAGUCUCAACAGCAUGGUCAACAGCAACAACAACAUCAUUCCCCUGCAUACCUCAUCCCCAGCCCAGUGACCAGGCAAUCUGGACUCGGUGGCGCCCUUAGUGGACUUGGAGGAUUUGGUGGUGGACUCGGUGGUGGUGGAGGACUCAGCAGCAUUCUGAGUGGAUUGGGAGGACUGUCCGGCUCUUCUAUGCUGUCCACCGCCCUUCCCCUCCUGAUGGUGGUCGGUCUGGGUGCGAUGCUGGUGCCUUUGUUGGGCGGCGCCUUCUUCCGUGAGAGCCAGAAACGAGGCCUGCCCAGUGUGAGUCCAGCUUUCCUCGAAGGCGUCACGGACAUCCUGGAGAAAUUCAUCAAGGCGCUGGAUGCCGUUGAGAAGAAAUACUAGAAGACAUCGCCUGACAAAGGAAGUUAACCGUCUUAAACCAUGAGGGUUUGAAGUACGGCUUAAACUACACUUUGGAAGGUUCCAUGUUCCAGUUCCAUUCUUCUGUGACGUCAUUUCCGAAGCCUCGACGGCAGGGACUUUUCAUCUUGUAAUUUGUGUCUAAAUUCGGACCAAGCGGGUCUUGCUCCGACUGCUGUUUGUUCUCGUAUUUAUUACUGAAUGUCGUGUGUUUUUUACAUCCCUGAAGAAGUAUUAAGUUUCAAACACAGCGCGCCUAGUUUUGUCUAAUAACAGUGGUUUUAUAGCAAGAAAUAUUUUCUUUAAAUAUACUUACGUAAUAUUUAACAACCUUUGAAACGGAAUUUUUACGUUUUAUAUGUGGUCAUUGUGCAAUAAUCACUCUCGCGCAUGUUUGUCGUCCAGUUAUUUAAAACUGCUUUCGUGUUUUCUAUUAAUGGGAGCUUUUAUUUUUUUUCGGAAUGUCGGUGCAGAUGCUUGCUUUUGUUAAGACGUUGUAUUGUGUAAGUUUUAUUUUCUAAAGCUUUCUGUGUCAAGGAAAACUCUACAAGUUUUCUGCGAAAUGCUAGCAAACAGUAUUUAAAAAAAAUGUCUGCCAUUUAUGUAUGUGCUCUGUAAUGUUAUGUAGGCUCUUGUUGAUUGUGCUUUCAUUGUAUAUGUGCUUUAAUGCUUUAUUUAUUGUAUUGGCUUGUAUUUGGCUUCCGCAAUAUCUGCUUCUAUAUCGAAUCUCUUUUUCUGAAUUGUACCAUUUAUAUGUAAGCUCAGCAUUUUGAACUAAUGUUUGUAUGUUGUGUUUCUGUUGUCUGUGUGUUGUUAUGGAUUUCUUUCUCAGUUGAAAAGAAUUUUUGAAAUGUGCGCUUGUGAUUCGUUUAUGCAUGAAUAUUUUGUUGCGAUUUGAAAUGAACUGUCAUUCUUAUGAUUGUAAACGAAAGGGGAGAGGCUGUGACCUUAUGUAUGGAAUGCUACACGAAUAUAUCGAUUUCUGCUCCAUUUAUUUGUCCAAUGUCUGCGACUGUGAUGUGGUGUGAACUUACUUGUGAUGACUUUUAUUUGUUUAGCCAAAUGUAGAACUUGCAGUACCACUUGAAUGUAUUUUCAGAAAUAAACAAAUGGAUGUUUAUAA